AUGACUGUGAAGCUGGCCAAGCUGUUCGGCCGCCACCGCAGCAACACGGAGGCGCACGAAGACCUCCAGCAGCAACAGCAGCAGCAGCACCACCAGCAGUUGCACCACCAACAACUCCAGCAACUGCAGCAGAACCAGCAGCACCUGCCGCCGCCACUGCCACCGCUGAACGCCAACAUGAAGAGCCUGAAAUACCUGGAGCACCUGCGCUCCAGCUACGGCUGCCAGCCCGCCAGUCCCGAGGAGGACGACGAGGACAACGUCUCCCUCAGCUCGGCCUGCAUGCAGCGGAACCACCCGUACAACAACUCGCAGCGGCCCCUCCUCGGCGACCGCCGCCCCCAGCUGACGGUGGUGGGCGCGGGCGGCAAGAAGGGCAAGGCGGGCGCCGGUCUCGCCCCCUCCGCCAUCGCGGCCCUGCCCCCGAUGUCCCCCCCGCCCCCGCAGCGCAACUACAUCUCGCCGUACGUCCAGCAGCAGAAGCGGGACAGCGCCCGGGGACUGCACGGCUUCAACGACUUCGACGCCCUCUCCCAGCACCACCUGCAGAGCCCCCCGCUGCAGAGCGGCUACCCCUACGGGAGCCCCCCCUCGCCCACCGCCAAGUCCAGCGACUUUUGCUUCGACCGUCCGGCCGAGGGGCUCCCCCCUGCCGCCCUCCGCCGUUCCAUCGUCGACGUGUCCCUGUCGAGCGAGUGCAGCACGGCCGCCUCCUCCCCCUCCCGCUACUUCCACCAGGAGGCCCCCAAGCCGACUCCGGUGCCUCCGCCCGUGGCGGUGCACCAGCCCGCCCCGGCCCAUCCGAUCGUGUCCAGCGGCAGCUCGAGCGGCACCGCCUCGCCGCCGCGCUACUACCCGAAGGAGGCGCCCCAGACGCCUCUCUCUUCAUUGGCGGCUCCCCUCGUUGGCCCCCCGGUAGCCCCCCGGGUGCCGCCCAAGGUGCCCUCUCCGGUCUACGCCUCCCGCUUCGAGGACGACUUCUGUAUGCGACGCCCGGUCCUGAACACCUUCCACCAGGCGCCUCCGCCUCCGGCAGUGCCGGCUGCAGGACACAAGGGCAAGGAUGGACCCUUUAUCUUUGGCAUCGAUCCAGAGGACCAGGCCACCGACUACGGACUGCUGUCAGCCUCGCCCUCUCCCCAGAUAAGCAAGAGUCCCCUGGUAACCUUUGACCCUGCUUCUUCCUCUCCACAGCAACAGUCCCUGAGCGACACCAGUGCUGCCAGCAGCGGCAGGGGCUCCCGGUUCCUGCUCCGGAAGCGCAAGUCCAAGAAGGCACCCGCCGCCGAUGAGGAUCCCAAAUCCGAGAAGAACACCAAGAAGGCUGAGAAACGCAAGGAGCCGUCGGUCAAGUGCGUUGUGGUGGGCGACGCCGCCGUGGGAAAGACGAGCCUCAUCCAGUCCUAUCUGGAGAACCGCUUCAAUCACGAGCACGUGCCCACGGCCUCGGACAUCUAUAAUGCCGACGUCAAUGUGAACGAGAGUCCUGUCCAUGUGACCCUCUGUGAUACCUCCGGCCAGGACACGCUGGACCCGCUGCGCGAGCUCUGCUACCCGGACAGCGACGUCUUCCUGCUGUGCUUCUCGGUGGUCAGGCCGGAGUCCUUCCAGGCCAUCAAGGACAAGUGGGCCCCGAAGUUCGCCAAGUCCAAGGCCUCCCUGAUUCUGGUGGGAACGCAGGCCGACCUCCGCACCAACCGGAAUGUCGUCAACAAGCUCAAGACAAACGGUGAGAAAGCAAUUUCGUACGUCGACGCCUGGGACUUGGCCACGUCAAUUGGCGCCAAAUACAUUGAGACUUCGUCAGCCACACAGGACAAAGUCAAGGACCUCUUCGACACAGCCAUUUGGGAGGGACUGGCUCCCACCACGCUGCCGCCCACGCCCUCGUUCUGGAGGAAGCUCUUCUGCCUGGCCUAGGAAACCAGAUAACUCUCCUCAUCGUUGAGAGCUGGAACACUCAUCUUUGUACAUACAUCAAACUAGGACUUCUCGCGAGGAACAAGUUGUUAUCCUCCACCGGAAACAUCUGGCAUCUCAACGUGCGCCGGUGGAAUGACUUCCAUAUAAGACUUUUAAAAUUCAAAACAAGUUGUUACCUUGAAUAGGAUGGUUCCUCGAUUCAAAUCAAUUGCUAUUUUGUACUGUUUU